AUGGACGCAAUCCUCUACUGUAAACUCUCUCUCUCCCCCAACUUCACGUGGUAUUCUUAUCCAACAACAAUGGCACCGCGUGGUUUUACAAACCCCGCUCCUAGGACUGAAUCAGCGCGGUCCGCGCUCAGCUCCUUCACCUGCACCCUCUGCAACAAAUCUUACUCACGUCAUCCGGAAUACGAAGCGCAUAUCGGCUCAUACGAUCAUCAGCACAGAAAGCGUUUGCAAGAUCUCAAACAGCUUACACGUGAUCCAAAUGCCGCCGAGAAGAACCGCCGCGCAGAACGCAAAGCCGAUGCCGAGGCCGGUCUGAAAGUCAUUGAGACUCCCGGAGACAAGGUGGGAUCAAGUGGAGGAACAUCAGGUUUUAAGAAGGGAGGGUUCAAAAGCUCAUUCACCGCUGUCAAGGGAACCGCGGCUGCUACAGCCCCAGUCAAGAAGAACGUUCUAGGAGACGAGGAAGAUGAUAGCUUGAAACCUCACAAUGAUGAUCCAUCGAUUGGGGCCAAGUCCCAAAAGAGUGAGCUCGGCGAUGUGGAAAGUGACACCGAUGAGGAAUAUGGCCCAGAUGGAUAUUAUGAUCCUCGCCGGCCAACCGACUGUUUCGAUGGGUGUGGUGGUGCGCACAAUGUCUGA